UCUAUUUCUCUCUCUCUCUCUCACUCCGCAGCGGAGACCAUGGGCGGCUGGACCGGAGCCGUGAUCCGGGCUCAGCCCGCCGCCUCUCAGUGUGCGCCUGUGUGCGUUUACAGGAAUCACUGCGACCGACGUGACGCGUCCGCGCCAGCUCUGCACCAGCCGCGUCCAGCGGAGCCGCAGAUGAGGAGUUGAGGAGCUAUAGGGAUUUGAUUGGCAGCUGGAACGCCACCGAGGGAGGGCAGAGCGAGAGGCGGCCGGGCAGCGGGGUCGACGAGCCGAGCUGGCGCCGGGCGGAUGCUGCCUGCCGAGGACCAGCGCUGAGGAGGAGGAGGAGGCGGCGUCAACUUGAAAAGGGAGCAUGGCAUCCACGGGCAUGCAGAUAUUUGGAUUUGUCCUGGCGCUGUUGGGCAUCAUGGGCGCCAUGGUGGCCACGCUGCUGCCCAACUGGAAGGUCAGCGCCGAUGUGGGCUCCAACAUCAUCACGGCGAUCUCCCAGAUGCAGGGCCUGUGGAUGGACUGCACCUGGUACAGCACGGGCAUGUUCAGCUGCACGCUCAAGUACUCGGUGCUUUCCCUGCCUGCGUACCUGCAGACCGCCCGCACCACCAUGGUGCUCUGCUGCGUGACGGCGGCCAUGGGCCUCUGCCUCGCGUCGCUGGGACUGAAGUGCACGCGCUGGGGAGGGGGCAGGCGCUCCAAGCGGCACGCCGCCAUCGCCAGCGGCGGCUGCUUCGUCGCCGCCGGCUUCCUGUGUCUGGUGCCCGCCUCCUGGUUCACCAACGAGGUCAUCACCAACUUCCUGGACUCCUCUGUGCCCGAGAGCAAUAAGUUUGAGCCCGGGGGCGCCGUGUACGUCGCCUUCGUUUCGGCGGGAUUCCUCUUCGUCGGGGGGUCCAUCUUCUGCAUGUCCUGCUCGGGUAAGCGGCACGGCCCCCAUGACCUGAUCCGGCUCCCUCCCCCGGACAAACUGCUGCUCCAGCAGCAGCAGCAGCAGCAGCUGCUCCAGCAGGAGCUCCAGCACCAGUACUGCUCCCUCUCCCCGCUAGACAAUAAGACCGGCUACAGCCUGCAGGACUAUGUGUGAUAACGCAGCGCUCUGUACACUAAAAGAAGACCAGUCUGAGAGGGGGAGGGGGAGGGGGGGGGGUGUUACCAACACGGCUCAUUCUACACAAGAGGGGGAUGGGGGGGGAGAGACAUACAGGCAGACAGAGAGGAGGUCAACAACUUUGACUUAAUUUCCCCCUUCCCCUCUAGCUCGCUCUUCUUCCUUUUUUUUGUUGGUCUUUUGCAAGCACAAGCAGUGGAGGAACCCCCCCCCCCCCGAGCGUCGCAUUAGAACAAACUGUGUGGAUGUGUAAGGCGCCGGGACGCGGUGCCGCAGCAUCGGAAAGGAAGCCGAAAAACAAACGCAGACGUCCUUCAUUGGUAAAUCACAGAAAAAGCUCCCCGGGGAUCGGAUUAAGCAAAUAAGGGAGCCUCCCGUGUCGAUUUUUAUGCAUUUCUUUUUUUUGGCCCCCUCGCCAAAGGUUUGAAUUGAAAGAAAAGACGCAAUCAUUUAGCUGCUAUUUACAAUCGUGCGUAGUUCCCUCUCAGCUGACAGCAUAUCGCCUGAGAAACACCUUUCAAUAGCAAAGCCGUUGUCGUGUUUUUCGUAUAGCCAUCCACUAGAAC